AUGUGGCGAUAUCCUACAGCCGUGGAAACCGGCGUCAAAACCAGGGGAGACAUUCUAGGUAAGAGACGCUAUCUGUGUGAUGAGUGUGGAAAAGAUUUCUCCAGUUUCCCAACCUUCUGGAAACAUCUAAGAACUCAUCGGCGUGACUGCAAGGAGUGUUGCAAGACCUUCAGUCGUUAUUCAUCGCUCAUUUUACGUAAAAAGGUUCGUAAUAGAAGUAAGCCAUAUGAAUGUAAGGACCGUGGGAAAGCCUUCAGUGAUGCCGCCUCCUUCACGAACCACGUGAGAAUCCACAGUGGAGAGAUGCGCUACGAAUGUAAGGAGUGUGGGAAAUCUUUUAGGUGUUCUUCAUACCUCACCACACACAUGCGAAUCCACAGUGGAGAGAGGCCUUACGAGUGCCAAGAAUGUGGGAAAAUCUUUAUCAAUUACUCAGCCCUCACUAAGCACGUAAGAACUCACAAGGGCGAGAUGCCUUACAAGUGUGUGGAAUGUGGCAAAGUCUUCAGUCGAGCCGCAAACCUCAAUGUGCACAGAAGAAUUCACAGCGGAGAGAGACCUCAUGAAUGUAAGGUAUGUCAGAAAACCUUUGGCCGUUCCUCACACCUCUCUACACACAUGCGAACUCACAGUGGAGAGAAGCCCUAUGAAUGUAAGGAGUGUGGGAAGACCUUUAGUCAAACCUCAUCGCUCACUUCACACAUCAGAACCCACACUGGAGAGAAACCGUACAAAUGUAAGGACUGUGGCAAAGCCUUCCGCUCUUCCUACCUCACUACACACAGAAGAAUCCACAGUGGAGAGAAACCAUCCGAAUGUAAGGAGUGUGGGAAAUCUUUUAGAUGUUCCUCAAACCUCACCACACACAUGCGAAUCCACAGUGGAGAGAGGCCUUACGAGUGCCAAGAAUGUGGGAAAAUCUUUAUUGAUUACUCAGCCCUCACUAAGCACGUAAGAACUCAUAGUGGCGAGAUGCCUUACAAGUGUGUGGAAUGUGGCAAAGUCUUCAGUCGAGCCUUAAACCUCAACGUGCACAGAAGAAUUCACAGUGGAGAGAGACCUCAUGAAUGUAAGGUAUGUGAGAAAACCUUUGGCCGUUCCUCACAGCUCACUUCACACAUGCGAACUCACAGUGGAGAGAAGCCCUAUGAAUGUAAGGAGUGUGGGAAGACCUUUCGUCAAAACUCAACCCUCACUUCGCACAUCAGAACCCACACUGGAGAGAAACCGUACAAAUGUAAGGACUGUGGCAAAGCCUUUCGCUUUUCCUCGGUCCUCAAGUACCACGUGAGAUUCCACAGUGGAGAAAUGCCAUAUCCAUGUAAGGAUUGUGGGAAAGCCUUCAGGAAAUCCUCAGACCUCACUACACACAGAAGAAUCCACAGCGAAGAGAAACCGUACGAAUGUAAGGAGUGUGGGAAAGCCUUCAGACAACCCUCAUACCUCACUAAACACAGAAGACUGCACAACGGAGAGAAACCGUACGAAUGUAAGGAGUGUGGGAAGACCUUCGGUCAAACCUCAGCCCUCACUACACACAUCAGAACCCACACUGGAGAGAAACCGUAUGAAUGUAAGGACUGUGGGAAAGCCUUCCACUGCUCCUCGGCCUCAAGCCUCAAUACACACACAAGAAUUCACAGCGGAGAGAAACCAUACAAAUGUAAGGAGUGUGGGAAAUCUUUUAGGUGUUCCUCAAAUAUCACCAAACACAUGCGAAUCCACAGUGGAGAGAGGCCUUACGAGUGCCAAGAAUGUGGGAAAGCCUUUAUCAGUUCCUCAGCCCUCACUAAGCAUGUAAGAAUUCACAGUGGCGAAAUGCCUUACGAGUGUGUGGAAUGCGGCAAAGUCUUCAGGCGAUCCUCAAACCUCAGCAGGCACAGAAGAAUCCACAGCGGAGAGAGACCUUACGCAUUUUAG